GAGAGAGAGAGAGAGAGAGAGAGAGAGAGAGAGAGAGAGAGAGAGAGAGAGAGAGAGAGAGAGAAGAAGAAGUUGAAAGAGUGAGGAGAGAAGAAAAGAGGAGAGAGAGCGAACCAGUGAGGGAAAUAAGUUUUCAGUUGGAGGGAGAACAAGUGAGGGAGAGUUUGGGGUGAGAGAGCUUGGUGGCUGCUGGGUGGCAGUGGGGGGAUUGGGAGCUUCGUUUUCCCUUUUCAUUUUUCGGCUGUGAACGCCGCCUGCCACCUCUCUUCUCCUUCUCCCCCCUCUCCUCCUCCUCUUCUUCCUCCUCUCCGCUCCUCUUCUCAUCCCGACUUUCCUCUCCCAGCUCCCGCCGUGGGGUCUCAGCUCUCCAUCUCCCUCCCCCCCUCCCUCGCUCCCUACCUCCCUCGGCUGCUGGGAGCCUCCGGGCUGCUGCGCCGCAGGAGGAUGUCUCGCAGGGAGUCUCCGCCGCCGCCCUCGCCACCUCCACCUCCACAGCUGCUGGGAGUGCGGAGAGGAGAGGUGGAGCGCGAGGACCGUCCGGAGCGCGCUGAGCCGCUUUCCGACGCCGAGAGGGAGAUCAUCCAGGACACGUGGGGGCACGUCUACAAGAACUGCGAGGAUGUGGGGGUGUCUGUGCUCAUAAGGUUCUUUGUCAACUUCCCAUCGGCCAAACAGUACUUCAGCCAGUUUCAGGACAUGGAGGAUCCAGAGGAGAUGGAGCGAAGCAGCCAACUUCGGCACCAUGCCCGCAGGGUGAUGAAUGCCCUCAAUACUGUGGUGGAGAACCUCCACGACCCAGAGAAGGUGUCCGCAGUGCUGGCCCUGGUGGGGAAGGCCCAUGCUAUCAAACACAAAGUGGAACCCAUGUACUUCAAGAUCCUAAGUGGCGUAAUGCUGGAGGUGUUGGCUGAAGAUUUCCCAGAAUUCUUCCCAGUAGAGGUGCAGAUGGUGUGGACCAAACUGAUGGGGGCGGUGUACUGGCACGUGACAGGGGCCUACACAGAUGUGGGCUGGCUCCAGGUCUCCAGCUCGGCAGUGUGAAGAGUUAGAAGAAGAGGGGGGUAAAGGAGUUUCAAUUGCAAGGAGUUCUGUGAGAAUGGUUUCACAGACAUGGAUAAGAUUAACGUGCAACUCUGUACUUUAUUUUGGUGACAUUUUGGGUGCAAAGCCUUCAUUGCUGGGAUGUUUCUACAUCGCACGUCCCAGAGAUCCCUUGGACACCAAACAAUGUAGCCAGACAACAUAUUACUUUUCUUCUAAUGAAGUUUUAGCUAGUGGUACUUUGGUCUGUAUAUUUAGCAGGGAAGCUAUCUGCUAAUGCUAACUAUCCAGUUCUUCUGCUGUUUAUUUGACAAUUGACCUUACGCUAAUAUCUGCCUCCCUUUGUUACUGAUGCUAGUCUUGCCAAGCUUUCACAUCUAGUCACAUGCAGUAUGCCGUUGACAAUGUUAAUGUGGUCAGAUUUAAUGCUCAACAUUCUUGAUAAUUUCUGAAACAAUAGUUCCCUGAUUAUCAGACGGAGGUAGGCUUCUCAUUUCACUAACACAUAACACUGCUGAUUUUGCCAGAUGUUUACUAUCGCUAGCUAUCUAAUUAAUGUUAGCUAAGUAAGUUAUUUUGAUAAUGCUGUUUCCAACCAACAUGUCUUUUAACACAACCUUGUAAAAGGGUCAUACAUAGGCUAUGUACUUGAAGGCUACAUAACAGCUACAUUUCAUGCUAAACGGCUAAAGCUUCCUGUCCUACAAGUAAAAACGCAACACGCGGAAACAAAGGAACAGUAUUGUUCUUGUAUUACGACAUAGUUAUAUACGGUAGUUCUAGCAUUAUGGUACAAAAUUAUUUAAAAAAAUGUGAAGAAAAGUACUGUAUUAUAGAAAAAAACGAUAGGGUAGGUUAUAUUUAAUGAGCUAAUUAGCCAGACAUGCUAACAUUUGCAGCUUAGGUUAGAGCAGACAAACAAACUAUUAGUCUACUACACUCUUUAAACUUUUAGUGUUGUGUUUUUGAUUGGAAAAAAAAAAAAUAUGAAUACCAUAAGCUACAUCUCUCACAACAGCAUCAUGCACACUGCUUUAGCUAGCAGAGAAAUCCAAAGCUCGACAGGCCGGCUGUGUGUAGUUACAGAUAAGCUAACAUUAUAUGUUGGACAAUUGCUGUUCAGGGUAACGUUUGGGGUUUUAGUGAACGGUCAGCCGGGAUGGCAGUAACAGAAAUUUAUUUAUAUGAAAAUGUUGCGGAUUAUUACUUUACAGAGUUCAUUUCUGUGAAAACCUGCGUUGAGAGAAGCAUCUUCCGGCUAAGCCGCACAUAUGAAUACACCUCAUGAUAUUUUGAAAAAGAGAUUAAGAAAUGUUUAGACAAGAAGUCAUUUUUAAGCUCUGAGAGGGGGGCAGUUAGUUGUUGAAGCCCCAGCUAUGGGACCAUGGAGCUGCUGACUGUUAAUAGAUCCUCUUUGUGUCCUACUACAGUAUAUCCUCAUGUUUAGGGGACUCGUGCCCCUUUCUCUCUCUAUUGAUGCAUUGCGUGCUCUUAAUGUCUUGUUUAACUUUACCCAGGUGUUGUUUGUAUAAGUGUACAGUGGGCAAGUGUGCAUACUCUUCUGCCUGUGUUUACAACUCAUUGAUGCGUCCGUCUGUCGACGUGUUCAACAGGGCUGUUUUUUCUUUGCUAAAAGUCUAGCAACAAUGCUUUAAGUUUCUUCUUGCCUAUCACUUUCAUUACAUGCAAACAUUGUGAAAAUGAGAUGGAAAAUAUCAACAGGUGGUCCCAAUCAGUAACCGCACACAUAGGCCUACACACUCACACUCACACACUCACACGCUCACACACAGGCAUGCUAUAAGACCUCCCCUGUGCUAAUAUUUACAGGACUGUCAGUUAGUUUACGUCUUCAAAACCCCAUCAGAAAGAUGUGAGGCAUUAAAGGCUCCAUUAAGGGCUUUAGAAAGUCACUCCGGAGGUCUACUGGAAAACAUGUCAGCUUUAGAAGUGCCAUCAAUCAGUUUUACUUAGAUCUCGGACCCAUCUAAUACAAGAAAUUCUAUCCAAAUACAUACAAAUAAUGCAUCAUGUGAAUUGUACUGCCUUUGCUCUUACACAAUGGAUGCUUUCUUCAUAUUUUACAAAGGGAGUGGUGGAAGCCUCACAGUUUCUCUCUAAACUUGUACAUCAUAUUCAGUUAUCCGCCCCUCCCCAAAGAUGCUGCAUACUGUCAACUUUCCUCACCUUACAUAACCUCGUCUUCUUGUCACCGGCGCUUCAGUAAUCACAGUUGUUGGACUGCAUGCACUCCUGCUAGCUGUCCUCAUAUGUGGCUAUCUCUCUGGUCAAUUCCCAAACAUACACGGUAAAUCUGUUUAGGAUGGACAUUUGAUCCAAUCUUCAGUUUGCAUCUGCUCCUGUGACAUCCUGUAUCUCCCAUCGGACUCCCUUGGCAUCGGCUUCUGGCAUUAAUGAGGAGGUAAUGAGUCUCCUCUCCUCCUCAUUUGGUCAUUCAUCUACUGUCACUUCCCAUUGCCUCCGUUAGGACCGCGUCACUGCGACCAAAAACAAUUAUGACCGGACAAUUGGUCUUAAACCUGCCACACCGUGUCAGCCAUUCAAAAUAAUUGCUUCAUAAACAUGUCUUCAGUGACUUUUUGAAGGUUUUAAUUACACGUUAUGCCUUUCCUUACACCAGUGCUUUCCAAACUUUUCCGAUUAUGCCUCCCUUUGGAAGCCGGCAAACAUAUCAGUCAAAAUAUGUGCUGGUCUGCUAUCCCUGGUCAUACAGGAAGUGUUCCCCUUGUAAUGGCUCUGUGCCCUUACCUAGUUGGAGAACCACUGCCUUAGACCAAACUGUUAUAUCCUCAACAUGUGUGUUUCCAUCAACCUGGUUUUAUGCACCUUUUUUAGUUUACGUAUAAAAGAAACCCUGAGCUGAAACGCUGAAAAUAAAAACUCAAAACAGUUUUUCCGCUCGGCUGAGUUGGGAAAGUUGGUGUAUAAAUAAAAGCAAAAUGUGAGUGCAGUGGAAACAGGUUUAGCAAAUAAACUCUUUAUCUUGAUAACGUGAUGGAUGGAAAUGUGCAUUGUUUCUCAUUUUUAAAAUUGAAGUAUUUAAGAUUUAUUAUGAUUAUUAAAUGAUUAUUAUUUAAAUGGUUCCAGUGUGAUUUAUACUAAACAUCUCCAAGAAUCUCACCUGAAAUGUAAUUAAAGUUUCCUCCAUACAGUAUCUGUGUAUGGAAGCCAAGAACAAAUCCCAUUAUCUCAAGUUAAUAUCUUUCUUAUCUUGGUACAGAGUUGUGAUUCCUUGAGAUGACGAGACAAUUAACCUGCGAUUAAAAAAACUCCUGAGAGAACAAGAUAAUAUAACUUCCGAACACAAUAAGAGGAUUAAGAAAAUAAUUGCAACCACAGCCAGUCUUGGCUUCAGUAUCUGUAAAAACUGCCAUUCAACAUAAGUUUACUCAGAGCUCCCAUUAAACAAGUUCCUUUUCAAGUCGAACUGGAGAGUCAUAAGCCAAUAAGUGGAUAAAAAUACACACAGGAGUCAAACAAACCUCAAAGUAAACUAUUUACACUCUGGCUCAAAUAGCCCUGGAGGCAGUAAAGCUGUUGUCAGUCAUAAAUGAUCCGCUUCAAAAUACACACAAGUCCUAUUAUUUGCCCGACUUCUGACGUCAGCGUCCCUCUGAGGUCAGACUUCAAGCAGCUCGAGGUUCAGGAGUAUUUUUGUUAAGCAGAGUUCCCCCGACAUCUUGUAAACACUGCGUGGUGUGAAACCCGUCUGCAAACACACACACACACACACACACACACACACACACACACACACACACACACACACACACACACACACACACACACACAGGCUUUGUGUACCUCUUCGUCUGUAUGAAGCUCUUCGUCAUGAACACACAUUAUUAUGUGCAGACACUUCCCAAUAAUGCUCACUCGCUUUCUUUAUCACUUUCCUCACACACACAAAUGGUCUUGCAUUUAAUUAGUGAAGUGGGCAUGUCCUCGCAUGCCAAGUGUACUAGAGCAGCACUUAAUCCAGUAUAUAUUUUCAAUACAUUUAGGAUAAAAAUUAGACAAACUUCGCUCAUGAAUGCAUUUCACAUGUUCAUUCUUUUUCAGCAAAUAAGGGCAUCACAGCAUAUAUGGAACUAUGUGUUUUUGUUGUGAAACGUUUCUGUCUAUCAGUUGAAAAGUUAGGACUUUAUAUUUUUCUAAAUAUAUCUAUGAGAAGGAUUCUAUGUAUUUGAAUACUGUAUAUGAAUAUGUCAUUGUAUACUGCGUUGUUGGUGGGAGCGAGUGCAGUGGCUUUGUAGUGUUUUGAGCAUGUUUGCACAGCGUACCACAGAAUUGUACCUCCGCAGACCUGGUGAAAAUGAAUCAUGACCAUCAAUAAAAUAUACUUGUAAAUUUG